AAUAGAUCUUUGUUCUAACUCUUUUCUUUGCAGCAGUGGAAAUUAAACAUGUCCAAGAUCCUGCCAUUCCUUUUCUUGUUCCACCAAUUAGUUAAUGGAGGAGGGAAUCCACCGUAUUCAUGGUUCCAUUAUGAAGAUUUGAAUUCCCCAACCCCAAUACUCUAUGUUGACCAGUCAGGGCAUACAAAAUUCCAAACCAUUCAAUCAGCCAUUGAUGCAGUUCCCUCCAACAAUCUCCGCUGGAUUUGCAUUUCGAUCAUGCCUGGCACCUACAGAGAAAAGGUAACAAUUCCAAGCAACAAACAAUACAUUUACCUCAAGGGAGCGGGGAUGCGAAAGACAAUCGUUGUUUGGGAUGAUAGUGAAACACUCGUAGCAAGUCCAACAUUCACAUCCAAUGCGGACAACAUCAAAGUUGAAAAGCUUCAAUUUGUGAAUUCUUACAACUAUCCCCCGAAGCCGGCCGAGGCCAACCGUCUGAAACCCGCGGUGGCGGCGAUGAUCAACGGUGACAAUACGGCGUUUUACAAAUGCGGUUUCGCCGGAGUGCAAGACACAUUGUUGGAUGCGCAGGGAAGACAUUACUUCAAGAAUUGCAUCAUUGAAGGGUCCAUAGACUUCAUCUUUGGUGGUGGUCAGUCUCUUUAUAAGGAUUGUAAAAUAGUGGUGAAUGUUGGGUCACUUGGAGAAGGUACUAUAGGGUCCAUAACUGCACAAGGAAGGUCGGGUGCCUACGAUAGCAAUGCAUUUGUUUUCAAGAAUUGCGAUGUGGUUGGGAAUGGAAUGGCUAUCUUAGGAAGAGCAUGGAGAGGUUAUUCUACAACCAUUUUCUUUAAUUCAUUCCUCUCCGAUAUCAUUGUUCCUGAAGGCUGGGAUGCGUGGAACUACAAAGGUUUUGAGAAACAAUUAACAUAUGCAGAGGUGAACUGCAAUGGGCCAGGGUCAGAUACUUCAAAAAGAGUCUCAUGGGCAUCACAAUUGAGUCCAAAAAUGGUUAAUCACUUCAUCAGCAUUGACUUCAUCAAUAACGAUCGUUGGCUUAACAAGCAACCUUAUUAAUUAUCAC